CGCGCGUGCGCACGCGCUCUGGGCUCUAGGGCAGGAUCUGGAGCGGGGCCGCCGUAGCCAUUACCGGCUCUGCUCGGCGCCGCGGAGGAAUGAGCCGCAGCCUGCCGCGACCUGCGGGGCGGGGCGGGAGCCGCAGGCUGAGCCCGCGUCUGUGUCUGCGCCUGCGCCGGGGCCGGAGCCGGAGCCGGAGCCGCAGCGGAGCGCCCUGAGCGGCGCCGCCCGGGCCCGCGGCCCGGCCCGGCCCGGCCGGCUGGCAUGCUGAGCGCCGGGCCCGGGGCGGAGCAAGCCGCGCGCGCCGGGGGCUGAGCGCUGCGGCCGGGCCGGGGCCGCGGGGCCCGUGCGUGACGGGGCGAUGACCACGCCGGCGCUGCUGCCCCUGUCCGGGCGGAGGAUCCCGGCCUUGAACGUGGGCACCGCCUCCUUCCCGCACCACAGGGCCACGCUGCGGCUGUCCGAGAAAUUCAUCCUGCUCCUGAUCCUCAGUGCCUUCAUCACCCUCUGCUUCGGGGCAUUCUUCUUCCUGCCCGACUCUUCCAAACACAAACGCUUUGAUCUGGGGUUAGAGGACGUGUUGAUUCCUCACGUGGAUACCAGCAAUGGGGGCAAAAACCUCGGAGGCUACUUGAUCCACGGGCAAGGACAUGACGAGCACCGGCACAGAGAAGAGGAGGAACGUCUGAGAAAUAAAAUCCAAGCUGACCAUGAAAAAGCUUUGGAGGAGGCAAAAGAGAAGUUAAAGAAAUCUCGAGAUGAAAUUCAAGCUGAGAUUCAGACUGAAAAGAACAAAGUAGCCCAAGAGAUGAAAAAGAAAGAUGACAAGCCACUGCCACCUGUACCUCUACCAAAUCUCAUAGGGAUAAAUGGUGGAGAACCAGUAGAUCUUGACAUCCGAGAGAAGAGGAACAAAAUUAAGGAGAUGAUGAAGCAUGCCUGGGAUAAUUAUAGGCAGUAUGGAUGGGGACAUAAUGAGCUCAAACCCAUUGCCAGGAAAGGACAUUCCACAAACAUAUUUGGAAACUCGCAAAUGGGUGCUACCAUAGUUGAUGCAUUGGAUACUCUCUAUAUUAUGGGGCUUCAUGAUGAAUUCAGAGAAGGACAAGAGUGGAUUGACAAAAACCUUGAUUUUGGGGUGAAUUCAGAGGUGUCUGUUUUUGAGGUCAAUAUACGUUUCAUUGGUGGACUUUUAGCAGCUUAUUAUCUUUCAGGACAAGAGGUUUUCAAGAUUAAAGCAGUGCAGCUGGCAGGAAAGCUCCUUCCUGCCUUCAACACACCCACAGGUAUACCUUGGGCAAUGGUGAAUCUGAAAAGUGGUGUAGGUCGAAACUGGGGCUGGGCUUCUGCAGGCAGCAGCAUCCUGGCUGAGUUUGGUACUCUUCACAUGGAAUUUGUCCACCUCAGCUACCUGACUGGGGAUCCUGUCUAUUACAACAAGGUCAUGCACAUUCGGAAGCUGCUUCAAAAAAUGGACCGUCCCAAUGGGCUUUAUCCAAAUUAUUUAAACCCAAGGACUGGACGUUGGGGUCAACAUCACACAUCUGUGGGUGGGCUAGGAGACAGUUUUUAUGAAUAUUUAUUGAAAGCUUGGCUGAUGUCAGACAAGAGGGACACCGAGGCAAGGAAGAUGUAUGACGAUGCAAUUGAGGCCAUCGAAAAGCAUCUUAUCAGAAAGUCCAAUGGAGGACUGACCUUCAUUGGAGAAUGGAAAAAUGGGCAUCUUGAAAGAAAAAUGGGCCACCUCACCUGCUUUGCUGGGGGAAUGUUUGCACUUGGAGCAGAUGGUUCCAGAGAUGAUAAGGCUGGGCACUAUUUGCAACUUGGAGCUGAGAUUGCACAUACAUGUCAUGAGUCAUACGACAGAACAACAUUAAAACUGGGUCCUGAAGCAUUCAAAUUUGAUGGUGGUGUAGAGGCAGUGGCAGUGCGACAGAAUGAAAAGUAUUACAUUCUGAGACCAGAGGUGAUUGAGACCUAUUGGUACAUGUGGAGAUUCACACAUGAUCCCAAAUACAGACAGUGGGGCUGGGAGGCAAUGCAGGCUAUUGACAAGUAUUGCAGAGUCAGUGGUGGAUUUUCUGGGGUCAAGGAUGUCUAUUCCUCAUCUCCUGCAUAUGAUGAUGUACAGCAGAGCUUUUUCCUCGCAGAAACUCUCAAGUAUUUGUAUCUGCUCUUCUCCAAUGAUGACCUCCUACCUUUAGACAACUGGGUUUUUAACACAGAAGCUCACCCUUUGCCUGUUUUACAUUUAGCUAACACCACACUGUCAGGACACCCUGCGUAUCAAUAAAAGCAACUCCAAGAAAAGGAGGAGAGACUGUUCUCCACUGUGUUUUGUUUACAUGGACCAUUUGAGAUUCUAGGCUGGAGAAGAAGGAAAUAUUUCAUUAAUCUAGACCUCAGAGUCAAGACCCAGGCUGGGAAAGAACCUCUGCCCCUGAAAGCUCUUCAGCCUGUAGAUAAGUAACUCUGAAAUAAUUCCUUUUUAUACAUGACCAAAACACACUACUGUCGUAUGUGCAGGACAGAGAUCUCAUGUGCUUUGAAUCCUAACAAGAAAUUGGAAUCUGCUAGUAAAUUUGGAGCCUGACAGGCAAAGGAAUAACAGCCUUCCUAGCCUUCACUGCUGCUGUGCUGCUGGCCUUUCCCAAGGAACUGCACACUUGUCUCCAACAUGGAUGAGAUGGAUUCCAGACAUGAGUUUUCUUUCUUUUUUGAAGAUGGCAUGAGUAAAACAACAAUAAAAAAGCAACAUAAUUGCACCAGCAGCACCAGGAUUUGAAAUCUUUUCUGUACCUGUCUGAAUUUUCUAAUCCCAUAAAUUUGCCCAGACUGGCAGCCAUUUCCAGUUCCUCUUAGGCCUUUGCCUCCUAUCAUUUACUCCUUCAUAAUGAAGUCUAUAGGUCUGUGGAGCAUGACUGCAGCCAGAGAGUUCUUGUGCCUGUAUUUGUUCCAGCAUAGAGAUUGUUUGCUGGUUCUGACUGAGUUGCAAGACUUGAGAACAAGAGUUUCAUUAUAAGGAUGUUGCCUCAACAGAACUUCAGGAGGGAAGGGACAGAAAAACACGCAGCUCUGCAUCAGACUUCCUGCCCCCCCCCCCCCCUCCCCCGCCCUUUGCUAUGUAGAGCAGUGGCUUGCAGAUGUUAUGUGUCCCACUGUGCAGUGCUUCAUCUUGAUCUGAGUGUUCUGGCUCCAGUCUGUUUCAUUUUGCCCAUCUAAAAUAGCUUUUAUUUUUUUCAUUUUUAGGCCCCAAUUAAAAAAAACCAAACCCUUACAUUUUAUGGCCUUAAUGCACAAAACAAGGUAAAUGCAUGGAGGAAGAGAAUGACAAAUUGCAAUUUCUAGGGCUUGAUUUUUUUAGAGGUUUUGAACAUCUACAAAUUCUGUUGACUUAACUGGAGUUGUAAUUCUAUUCCUACUCUUAGGUGCAUAAAUGAACUUAAGCACCUAAGUAUGAGCCUAUUCCAGCCUGGCUUGAGUCCCUGGAAAACUCAAAAAAUACAGAAGUGGGACCCAUCGCUGUAAAGUAGUGGUUUCCCUACCUACAGAGACGUGCCCUGUCAAUCUCUGGGACCGGGAGCAUGUUAGUGAUUGUCCCACAAAAUCAGUGGGUGGGACAACAGGUGAUGCAUUUAGUCUAAUGAAGCUGAUCAGCUGAGUUCUAUUUUUAGCUUUGGUCUUAAGGGUGAAAUGAUAGUAUGUUACAAAUGUAGAUGCAUUAAUGGAUUUUCAGGACUUGAACAGCUUGGACAGAACUGCACUUAGAACCCUAAGUCCACUUAGCUGCGCAGUAGGUGGAAUAGGAUCUGAUCUUCACUGUUCAGCAUAUCUGAAAGUCAGCUACUUGUUUUUGCCUUGUUAAUUCAAAAAAGCCACAAUGACAUUCCAGCAGCUCACAGCACUGCACAAUCAGCCAUUGAAACUGAACACUGCAAAAAUUGUGUACAAGAUUAUACCUAUCCUGGAGAUGCAGAGAACAACACUGAGAUUGGGAAAAACUGGGGAGCGUAAUGUGGUUCCCAUGCCAUUCAAGUGUUUGAAGACAUUGUAGGCUUCCCUUCUUCAAACCUUAAUGUUGAUACACCUCAUACAUCUCUGCAUACAGCCUCUGUUACCUCCAGUUCACUAAUGCACCUUCUCACCCAGUAAUUUCCAAACUUAAGCACUAAGCUAUACAUUUCUGAGAAAUGAAAAGCAGUUGCCCUUUCCCUGUGAUGCUGCCAUAUAAUGUUACCGUCUUCACUUUUCAUAGUACUCCUGGGUUGUCUUAUCCUCUGCCAUUUUGGAAAAUUCUGUCAUUAACCUUCAUAAUACACUUCUUCCUUUUUCUUUUAUGCUUUGAGAUGAUAAAUGGUUAACAAUAUUGACAGCAUCUAAAGAACAAGCGUUUUAAUCUGAGUUAGCACCCACUAGAAUAAAUGGGGCAGUUUAUAUCUCAGGGCUAUCAUUUCAGACUUUCUGCAAACUCAGGCCAACAGCUACAUUAGUUACACGUUCUCUGUGGUUUUAAGACUUUUUUUUUAAAUCCUAAAUAGAGCAACUAAAGAUUUUUUGUUUAAAAAAGAAAUCUGAUCCUCUACAUGAUAGUUGAAAGGUCUGUUCACAGUUAUUCUAUUUCCCUUCCCUCUCUCCCUUGCCACAUCCUGGGAAGUGCUACCCUACCUAGCAGUGGUGCCCCAGCCAUCGUGGAGAAAGAAAUUCAUGCUCUGUUACAUUUUAAUGUAUGUUCCAUUGCAUCAGGGAUGGUGAGCAUUGGCCAACUGCUCUACAAUUGUCCAAAAAGUUUGGGAACCACCAAAUAAGAGAGAACAUUGCAUGGCUUGUUUCAGUCAAGCAGCUGCACUUAUAAUCUCUGUCACUUUUAGUGGAAGUUGGACUGUCAUUUUGCCUUUAUUUUCACUCUUCCUAAAAUUCACAAAUUAUUUUCCUCUAAAAUAACAAAGGGGCAGGAGUCAAUCAUCUGACUACUUUAGAACCUUCUGGCUGCCUCCAACCUGGUAUCCUGCAUAUGUACUUUUUACAGAAUGAAAGUAAUAUUGUAUAUAAAAAGAUCAAUAAAGAAUGUCUUUAAGUGAAAAA